AUACAGCAAGAGAAACAUGAGGGUCUUGGCAAUUAUUCUAGCUUUGUUCUUCCAUUUCAUCGCUCCCGAUGCAUCGGCAGCAGAACCAAGUGUGAUCAUAGUCGGAGCUGGAAUAUCAGGAAUAUUAGCAGCAAAGACACUACAUGACGCUGGUGUGAGAGAUUUCUUGAUAUUGGAAGGAACGGACAGAAUUGGCGGGAGGAUGUGUAAAGGCCAGUUUAGUGGACAUACAAUUGAACUGGGUGCAAAUUGGCUUUUCAGUGGUGGGCCUAAGCCCAACAUUUUGGUGGACAUUGGCAAAGAAAUUAAACUCAAGACCUUCUAUAGUGAUUAUGAGAACAUAUCAUCCAACACCUACAAACAAGAAGGAGGAUUGUAUCCAAAGAACUUGGUGGAAGAAAUUGUAAAUGUUGGUGCGGCGGAGGCUGAGUUUUGCGCAAACUUUUCGAGAAGGUUGUCGUCGCUUCCGGGGCAGGAUGUGGACAUGUCGAUUUUGGCUGCACAGCGACUAUACAGCAACAAGGUGCCGACGACUCCGCUUGAGAUGGUAAUAGAUUUCUACUACAAUGACUAUGAAGAUGCAGAGCCACCAAAAGACACAAGCUUGAAGCACACGUAUCCUCGCGGUGAAUCUGAAGAUUUUGGGGAAGAUACAUACUUUGUUGCGGACCCGAGAGGGUUUGAAAGUGUUGUUCAUUAUUUUGCUAACAAGUUCCUGUUAAAUGAGAAUGGAGUUAUAACGGAUCCUAGGCUCAAACUAAAUAAGGUGGUGAGAGAGAUCGAAUAUACAAAGACUGGAGUCACAAUGAAAAUUGAAGAUGGAUCGGUGUAUAAAUCUAAGUAUGCAAUACUAUCUGUGAGCCUUGGAGUUCUUCAGAGCGACCUCAUUAGUUUCAAGCCAACAUUACCUGUGUGGAAAAAAGUGGCAAUUUCAGAUUUCAACAUGGCAGUGUACACCAAAAUAUUCUUGAAAUUCCCUUACACUUUCUGGCCUAUUGGUCCCGGAACAGAGUUCUUCCUUUAUGCUCAUGAAAAUCGUGGAUAUUAUCCAAUUUGGCAGCAUUUGGAGAAUGAGAUUCCAGGAUCAAACAUAUUGUUCGUGACAGUGACAAAUGUCGAGUCAAAGAGGAUAGAGCAACAAUCAGAUAAUGAAACUUUAGCAGAGAUCAUGGCAGUGCUCAAGAAAAUGUUUGGAAAUGACAUUCCAUAUCCAGAAGAUAUUUUGGUACCUAGAUGGUGGAGUCACAGGCUCUACAGGGGUACCUACGCAAAUUGGCCCAGUCGAUUCAACGAAAAAAGUCAUGAUCAAUUAGGGGCGCCUAUUGGUCCGAUCUAUUUUACAGGGGAGUACCUAAGUUCAGAAUACAUAGGAUAUGUUAGUGGUGCUUAUCUGGAAGGUAUUAGAACUGCAAAUGAUGUGAUCAACUGCAUCAAGAAGAAAUCAUGCAGAGGGUUUAAGACCUUGCAAACUGCUCCAAAGGUGCAAAUGGGUCGAAAAGCAUAUGGGCCGAAAUAAGAUGGUUAUGUAUCUGAACAAUGGGCUGGGCUUCUAGGUUUAUGUUGUGGCUGAUAUUCUCGCUCAAUAAAGUGAUCUAAGUUGUUAGUUGUGUGUAAGACGUAGGUGCUGGUGGAGAGGUCUGGUUUCUGUCUGGUGUUGGCCUCCAACCUCCCGAUUGCUUACUUAGUCUAUGGUUGUUGUCGGUCUGUGUGUUCUUGUGUUAGUUGUUGUAUUAUCCACAUCA